CGAUGGCGAAGACAACUGCAACACAACCACGAGAACUCUUCUCUCUCUGUAGAUUCGGUCACUCUCGCACGAAUCUCGCACCGCGUGCGUGGCGGGUGGACAUGCGACGCGCCAGCUCUGACAGCUUCAAGCACAAACGACUGGCCCGCACGCGCAUUCUGGAAGCGGUACAUGUACAGCACCGUCACAUAUUCAAGUGAGAGGAUUUGCAGGGCGAGCGACAUGCCCAGUCGUUAUUGUCCGGAAGGCUUUGGUUGCGGAUGAUGUGGCCGCUGCGGAGCCGCUGAGGUGUCUAUCUUGUGCAGUGUGACCUGUACGUGAAAACAAGGGGCAGAUUGACCGUGACAACAAGUCUGGCGGCAAGGUGGUUGGCUGUUGCCAUCGCACCGGACAACAAUGUGGUGGAUGCAUAGGCAAGGAUAACCUUCCCGUCUCUGUCUCAGUGGGGGCCAUCAUCGCUUGAAGCCCAUGCUGAGGCUUUGAAAGGCUUUGUGCACACAAGAGGAAGGGGUUGUGCUAAGAAGUUCCUAGUAGGAGCAUAACAGCCUUUUACGCCGGUUGCCGAAGCGAAGCGUGCGCGAACACCAAAGCGACAGAUAACCUCGAGAGUGGACACUAUGCGGUCUCCAUUGCACUUCAGAAAUGGCUGUAGACGAAGAUCGGCGCAUCCCCUUUUCUAGUCGGUAUGUAUACAGUAUCAUUGCACUGGAAUAAUUAUUAUCCGGCGUUUUCCGGUGCGAGUCUAAUCUGCAAGAUUAGAUGCAUCGAGUCGGAGUUCUAAACAUUCGGGUUUGAUGAGCGACGAACGCUGCACCACAGCUUCGAAGCUGUCCGCUUCGCAAGUCAUGGCGCCUCAACUUAGCUGCUGUACCUCAUUUUCAGUUUUAACGUGAAGCAAGCGUACAACUAAGACUUUUUAUCACCGUGUCACCAUGUUACCACCGCUCUCCAACAAGCUGGGCUCAAACCUUCAACUGCUGGUACCAGUCACAAUUACACCUUCCAUUGUGUCGGCUCGACGAAAUGCACUGCUGGAACUCAAGAAAGUCGACGCGGUUCAAGUGCGUCGCGCUGGAAAUGACAAGAAAGACUGGUUCGUCGUCGAAGUAUUCGCCGACUCUGCGAGUUCGGACCCCACCAGUACGGAUAAUGAAGGAGUGCAGGACGAUGCAAGGCUACGCAGACCGACCGUCCGGAUCGAACGGACGUUGCUAGAGUUUGUGGAUCUUCGCAACAAAGUGUACAAUAUCGUCCACGACGCGCAUCGCUCGGAACCUUGCGAGUUCUGCGCGGGGUUCAUGGACCAGGUCGUGUUUGGGGCGAAUCCCGACGGAUUCCUUGUCGGCUUGUUCGGUGGCAAGCGGUUAGCACGUACAGUGGAGAAGUUCGUGGAGGAGAUACUUUCGCUUACCGUUCAGCACACCUCCAUCGACGCUCGAGGCUGCUGUUCCGGACAGACCACUGUACCUCAAAUCGUCCACGCCUUCCUUUUCAAUGCAGCAAAUGAAGCUGCCUAGACUGCGAUAAUAGCUAGCCAUGUCCACAAUUCUUGUCCGUGUCGUAAGGUGUAUCACCGAAUAAUCGAUCCAACUUAAUCGCUUUCUCGAUGCAUCAUUGAAGUCGAUGCGAAGCACCAU